GACAUGGACAAAUGUUGUACUCGGCUGGCUUGGCGGUGGCGGUUUUGUUUAAACUAAACUUUCUCUGAUCGAAAUGCCUAUAACGUUGUGGAAAAUGACAGAAAGGUACCUCGAAACGGUACACGAUGGCUCGUGCUCUGCCAAAAUGUUUAACUUCACGUAGCCCGCGGGGCGCGUGUUUUGAUUUCUCUUUUCCUCCGAUGCCGGCGUAACGGAAACUUGUGCGGACGACCGAUGGGUUUCAAGUAUGACGCUCUACGGAGCGAUCUCACCGAAAUGGGCUACACGGAAGCCUUCAGCCUCGAUUCCGCGCCUCUGGUUGCUCGAUUGUGGUCGGACCUCUGUAGCUAUCAGGAACAGUGCGUCGAUGCGAACACGGCGCUGCGAAGGACGGUGCAGGAGAGGCAAGAGAAAGAAGACUUGGCCGAGCGUUAUCGACAGGAGAACGCCAAAGCACUCGCCGAGGUGAAUCGCCUGCACAGCUGCAUCAUGCAGUUGAAAGAGAAACACACUGAUAAAUUGAACGAUUUGGAAAAUAGGCUUCAAGAAGCUGAGCAAUGUAAAAAGAAGUUCGAGUUUGUGAAAGCAGACUGCGUAAACAAGAUUAAACAUCUCGAGAAAGAACUGCAGCUGAAAUCCGACAAAAUCCUGCAGCUUCAGUCAGCACUGUCAACUCAAGCAGUCGUUCAUGUAACAGAUACUGCAAAAGUGCCUGCAUCCUACCGAACUCAAGGUAUUGAACUAACCUCUUUACUGCCGAGGCAGCAUGGAGUGGCUGGACGGAAAGCAGGACCCCCAACAGCUGCACGAGACGCGCAAGAAAUUGACAUCAUUCGGAUGGCUGACACAAGAAUCCACCAGCUACAGCAUGAGCGACGAGACCUCAAGGAAUCUUUAUAUCAGUCAAGGGUUUCUGUGGAUUUGCUGCAGCAACGAAUUGAAGCACGAAAUGCUGAAAUUGAACGUCUCACACGAACCCUGAGGGAGGGCCUUCCACAUACUGCAUUACAAGAAGGGUGCAGCUGCGGCCAAAAUUUGCAGCCUCAAGGAAAAGAAGAUGGGAAGGGUGCACCUACUGAACUGCACUCCACUGAGCCAAAGAAGCCAGCCCCUGACAAACAACCGGUGAAGCAAGUUCGGAAAGUUAAUUUUGGCCACCUGCACCGAAAAACAGACCCACGGGCAAGAGACCCCAAGCCAGCAAAAAGUAAGCGUCCUCCAAGUGCCACCAGGCAAGCUGACCAGCAGUCAAAGGGUCUCACACUUGAGGAGCAGAUACAGGCACUGGAGGAAGAAAAACAGAGGCUGAAGGAACGAGUGAAGCAGCUAGCUAGUAGUGAACGACACUUGCUCAUCGAGAUACAGGGCCUACUGGCCAACAAGGGACAGACGGCUGCUUCUGACAGCAGCGAAGAACUGCGGGCCUUGCAGAGGGAGAGAGACCACUACAAGGACGAGUUAAUGCGAUUACAUCAGGUGCUUAAGUCUGGGAACACAAGCCUUAAGAAGCCGUCAUCGAGCGGCAGCGAAAGUGGAAACCAGGCUGAUCCCAAGAAUCUGGAAACAAGUCAUCCAUCUGUUGAAGAUGAGCAGUUGCUGAGUCGGUUGGGGUUGCUCCAGAGAGAAGUGGACAAACUCACAGCCACUGUGGAGAACCUGUCGAAGCAGCGGGAUCAGUUGCUCGUGGAGAGGGACAGCCAUGCCCGCCAACUCGCCAUGCUCACUGAAAAACUAAGGAAAAGGAUAAAGAUACACAGACAGCCCAGUUCACGUGCCGAGCUACAGAAUCGCACAUUGAGUAAGUCACCGCCUAUCUCUGUCAAAAAGAAUGCUGUAGAAGAUUAA